AUGUCGUUCGAAUUCAACGAUGCCGCCGUCCGAUCCUACUUCAAAGAAACCAGCCCAAACCUAUGGUCCUACUCUGAUUUUCUCGAGAAGGUAGUGAAGCCCAUCAGCCAUACCUUAUACGACCGUGACCCUAUUAAAGCCAACAGGGGAGCUGCAUCCACAGCGCCGUUUCGACCCGUGCUGAUGGAAUGGCGUGUCGUUCCCCAGCAGCCUCACUUCUUCACGCAUGAAAGCUUACCACACCCUAGCAGCCGUGUCGUCCCGCUGCUGGGACAUGGCGUGUCGUUCCCCCGUGCCGAUAACUAUAAUAAUGAUCAGGGCGCCUAUUUUUGGAAGGAAAUGUUCGAAAAUAAUAAACUCCAAGAAGAACGCGUUGCACUGAAACGCAAAGCUGAUGGGACUGCCUUGGAAUUAGCAUCUACGUCACUAGAUUAUGAGAAAAAAAAGGAUGAUGGUGAAUAUUUACAACAGACAGUGCUUGGCUAUUCAGGUGCUAUCACUCCACCUUCUCAGAUAGAAUGUAAUCACUCAUAUCAACGACAACGUAGACCAGGUCAAGUACAUGGCAAUAGAUUUAAGCCUUUUGAUCCAUUCGGAUCAGACAAGGAAGAUGAUAGUGAGGAUGUAUCUGCAGAAAUUGACCGUGAAGAUGAUAGUGAAGACAGUGAGGAUGAUUUAAUUGAUGAGCAUAUAAUACACCCUAAAACAACUUCUUUUGAUGAAUACGUAAAGGUUCAUAAAGAAUCUGGUUGGACCUUGGAAGAUGGUCGUCAGGUCAUUGAUGUAAUCACACAAAAUACUACUAAAUUGGCAGAAUCAGUCUCUAAAAAAAGCAAGAAGGAGCGAAGCCCAAUUAUAAUGAGUGUUAUUCGUUUAGGGUUCUCUUCAAUCGUGGAUUUGUCCUUAGAAUAUCAAGAACGAAUGUAUUCAUGGUUUGGGGAUGAGUGGAGUAGUUUAAAGGAAAAAGUAUACAAUACAGUCAAUAUGAUCCCGAAUUCUUUCGACGGAGAAAUCAAACCGAUUAUUGAUACUGUUGAAAAAAUGUGUGAUUCAUAUCAGUAUGUUGAUGCACGAGCCUAUUUGUUUAAGAUGCGAUCUGAGAAGAGCCCCCCGAUGGUUCAACAAAUCGCAACUAUCUAUUUUCGCGUGAUUGACAAAUUCCUUGACAAUCCACACAUUUUCGUGGAGGAAACUGGAAAGCAAACAGAUCUUAGUGAAAUGGAAUAUGCAAUAAAUAUGACAGCCCCGAUCCUUAAUGACAUCUUCAAUGAUGUCUUGGAUAUCUUGAAGCUUCGUUGGGGAGUAACUUUAUCCACUGCUAAUACUGAGAGAAGGCGAAAGAUUGACCUAAGGAUAGUUCACAGAUACAAAGAUAUUGAAUUAAGUCAUUCCGAGUGUGCCAAGGCACCCACACCUGUCAAGGCAAUCCGUGACCGCUCAAAAUGUCUGAGAACUGCGAAAACUGUACUGGAUAGAUUUCUUGAAGAAGAUCUAUCGGACGAUGCAGUAAAAGAUUCAACCAUCUUGGCUAUACAAUUUGCCGGCCUGCAUGGUCAGAUAAUCGGCAUUGAUCUUCUAGACGAUGGUGGCCUUGAAGGAUCUCGUUUCAGUUUUCCUGCGCAACUGUCGAAUAUCAAGUGUCUCUGA